GCGAUGCCCUGUCAGUUCUGAAUACUGUUUAAUUCAAACCUUCACCACCUAACAUAGAUAAUACAGCACAGAAUUUACGUUCUCUGUGAGCAGACCAGCCUACAAAGCCUUAAUAAAUGGAUAAUGGGGACUGGGGGCAUAGGAUGACUCUCCCAGUCACCUUAAAUGUUGGAGGUCAUCUGUACACCUCCUCCAUGUCAACGCUCCAGCGUUACCCCGAUUCCAUGCUGGGUGCCAUGUUCAGUGGUGACUUGCCCACCACACGAGACGCUCAUGGAAACUACUUUAUAGACCGGGAUGGCACUCUCUUCCGGUACAUACUAAACUUUCUCCGUACAUCUGAACUUACUCUACCGGGUGACUUCACAGAGCUGGAUCUCCUGCGUAAAGAAGCUGACUUCUACCAGAUUGAACCCUUAAUCCAAUGCCUCAAUGACCCAAAGCCACUAUAUCCUUUGGACACUUUUGAAGAGGUGGUAGAACUAUCCAGUACCCGGAAACUCUCUAAAUACUCAAACCCAGUAGCUGUUAUCAUCACCCAGCUUACCGUGACCACCAAGGUACACUCACUGCUGGAGGGAAUCUCCAACAACUUUACCAAGUGGAACAAACACAUGAUGGACACACGAGACUGUCAGGUUUCAUUCACCUUUGGACCAUGUGACUACCAUCAAGAGGUGUCUCUCAGAGUCCAUCUCAUGGACUACAUUACUAAGCAGGGCUUUACUAUCCGUAAUACUCGGGUCCACCACAUGAGUGAGCGUGCCAAUGAGAACACAGUGGAGCACCACUGGACUUUCUGCAGGCUUGCUUACAAAGUAGAAGACUGACAAAGGCCAAACUGUUAUACUAAUAUAAUUGGGUUGCUGCUAAUACCAAUGCUUUAACUUAAUGAAACUGUAUAUAUGUUAUUGUUUGUUGUGUGACCAAAUUCAGUAUUUAGAGGGGAAAAAAAGGGAUAGAUUCAUGUUAGACCCUGUGAAAUCCUGUGUGUACAAUUUAGUGAUUUCAGAAAAGUACACUUUUUUUUCAACAUAAUUGUUUGAAGCAUGUGUUAUGAUUUAUUUAGGCAAUCAUUUUUACCCUGAAAUCCUGUCACAUCUCUGUAGAUAAUCUGCAGUACAGAAGCUCUUUAGUUUACUUGAUAACUAGUGUUGACUUGAUAACUAGUGAUUUUGUGUAAGAAAAGACAAUUGUAUACACAUGCACAUUACAGCAUGGCACUGUCAUGCUAAUAUAACAGUUGGCAAAUGACAGAAAAUGUAUUUAAAUUUGAAACGGUACAAAAAUCACUAUGAGAAAUGAAUUUUGCUUGGUGCGCUCUCAGUGCCUGUCCCAAACCCAGAUAAAAAUAGGAACGUUGUGUUAUAAAGGGCAUCUGGUGUAAAAACUACCAGGUCUGGUAUGCAGACCCAAUCUGCUAAAUACAGGAACAGCCGAAAGAAAGAAAAAGCAAUAGAGAUUGCUAUUUGAAACACUUUCACACAAGCAGUUGUAAGGCUGAAAGACUGUUAAAUAGAUAAAAAUAAGGAUUAUUUAAAAAAAAAAAAAAAAAGCUCUACAACUAAACCUCAUUCAUAAAUCAAAGCUGAUAGAUGCUGUUACACCUAGACAGUAAAGUAUAAAAUGUGCUAAUGUAAAAAUAGUUUAGAUAGCUUAUAAUAUUUAAUGUUUUGUUUGAUGUUACAGGAGAUAAAAUAGUACAGAUAUAAUGAAUUAAAAAAAAUCCAAAAACCCAGAAGUGGGGAAAAAAUAAAACAGAUUUCAUAGGGGCCAAAAAAGUGAUUGUUGUAUACUUAAUGAAAAAAUUCCUCAUUAGUAGUAGUUUAACCAUCAGUAGUACUCUACAACAGUCGUCUUCAACCUUCUCAUCACAUGAAGUCUUGGGAGAUGCAUACCUUUGGUUGUUACAGACCAUUUGAGAACAACUACUCCGGUGGCACCCCUUAAGACAAAGACACCUUUUAGGCAGUCAUAUUUAUUUAAAUUUAAGCUUUACACAAUUUUCUGCACUAUGUGCAACAUUAAGGUGUUGAAUGCAUGCAUGUUUUAAAAUGUACUUGAAGUAUGAAAACAUCAACAUGUCAAAAAUAAAAUCGACUUUAUUCAUUUCCUUGUGAUUUCUGUCCUGAAGUAUGGCAAUUACCUGACUAUUACCUGUUAUGUUUGUAGAUGCUAUACAUGUUUUUAUUCAUAUUUUUUGGAACUCUUUAUCUCACCUGUAAGAUCAAAUGUUUUAUUUUUUUGUGUGCAUGUAUGACAUAAAAGCUAGGACAAAUUAUGUAGCAAGGUGUAUAGCAAUAUCCAGCCACUGCUGAUUCAGUCUUAUGGAAUAAUUCUGGAGAAUAAAUUGAAUAUAUCUUUAAUGUUUCCCA